CAUACAUACAUACAUACAUACAGGCAAUGUUUGGUUUAGUGUCUGGGCCCAAAAUGACACCGUUUUAAUAACACACAAUGUAAAUACAUUAACAAAACGUAUAAGAAUGCAAGCGAAACGAACAAUCAUGUAUUUAACCGUAUAAUAACAGUAAAAUAUGUCUGUGUAAAAAGUGCGCAUCGCUCAGGUCAGCCAGACAACGAACAAUGAGUAAUUAUAGAUACCAUGGUCAUGGUGGUGGCGGCGGUGGCGGUGGGGGUGGCAGCGGUGGAGGUGGGGUCAACGGCGGCUACUAUGGCAUUGAGGUGCGCGAUAUGCAUCAACGUAUCUCCUAUCCGCAUCACUUUACGUUCGUCAGCUCCUGGGUGAAGUACAUGAUAUUUAUAUUGAACUUCAUGUUCUGGCUGUUUGGCGGCCUGCUCCUGAGCAUUGGCGUCUAUGCGUUCAAGAUCAAGUGGGAGGAGUCGAACGGCUGGGUGAAGCUGGAGAACAUCUACGAUGUGAUCUUGAACAUAUCGCUGGUGAUGAUCAUCGCCGGCAUUGUCAUAUUCGUGGUCAGCUUUGCCGGCUGCCUGGGUGCACUGCGAGAAAAUACUUGUCUACUCAAAUUCUACUCGCUUUGUCUGCUCAUAUUCUUCCUCAUGGAAAUGGCCAUAGCGAUCAUUUGCUUUGUGUUUCCACAAAACAUGAAUUCCUUCCUGGAGGAUCAGUUUACGGACAAGAUCAUACACUCGUAUCGCGACGAUCCGGACUUGCAGAAUUUCAUUGAUUUCGCCCAGAAGGAGUUCCAGUGCUGCGGCCUGAGCAACGCCGGCUACCAGGAUUGGAGCAAAAAUGAGUACUUCAAUUGCUCCUCGCCCUCGGUGGAGAAGUGCGGCGUGCCCUACAGCUGUUGCAUCAAUGCGACCGACAUCAGCACCGGCCUGGUCAACAUCAUGUGCGGCUAUGGUGUCCAGGUGCAUUCAGUGGCGGCUGCCAGCAAAAUAAUAUGGAGCAGCGGCUGCAUCGAGGUCGUACGCGUCUGGGCUGAGCGGAAUCUCUACACCAUUGCAGGCAUUGCACUGGGCGUGGCACUUGUACAAUUGCUGGUUAUCUACUUGGCCAAGACGCUGGAGGGACAAAUCGAAUUGCAAAAGUCACGCUGGGCAGCAUAAGACACCCGUUUAGACAUCUAUAUACCCACACUUAGUCAUAGCCGGUCGGCCGAUCGAUCAUAGAGCAGCUAUUUCGAGAAUGAUUAGUCUAAUAUUCCGACAUUUACAUAUACAUAUAUAUAUAUUUAUAGCAUGUAGCGGAGACGGGUUUUUGUCUACGUCUUUCGAUUAUUUAGAGAACAAAUCAUAUUUAUAUACGCAACAGUGUAAAAGAACAGAUCAAAAAUCGUAGCUCAUUAGUUUUAUAACUGUCUUUUAAAUCGUCGAAAUCUGUAAAAGUCUGCAAUUGGUUAGAAUCGAAGGACCAAUCUAGCUUUAGAAUUACCACCUACGACAAUAUGUAUAUAGGAAUAUAUAUAUAUAUAUACAUGCAUAUAAUAUACGAGAGUCAAGUCAAUGCAACGGAA